AUGUGAAGAAAAGGCACUGGAGAAGCAGAAGAAACACACAGACAAGUCGUCCAGGUACCUUUGGUUUGCUGUUUAGCUGCAAGGAAGCUGUCCUAUAAGAGAGUUAUUAUUGGGGUAGGCUCCAGCUUCACAAGAUGCCAAGCUUGGAUUAGAAAAUUGGUUUCAUUGAUGAAUGAAUAAAACAUAACACUGUGCCUUACAAAUACAUUUAGCUACUUGGAAAACCAUGGAUAACUCUGAAGUUAAGCAAAUUAUGCAUGGAAUUUGGAUGGGCAUCGCAGAAAUAUCAUGUGAAGCAGCAGUGGUUCACCCUCUGUUUGGCAUAGUGGGAUUAGUAAUGAAGGCUCUAUCAAGUGCGGUGGACAAAAAUGAAGACAAAAAAGUUAAGAAAGACUUGAAUGAACUUUUGCCAAAAAUAGAACAAAUUUUAUAUGAAAAUAAGAAAACACUGAAUCAGAUCAAAAAAAUAUCAGUUAUUUUACAGAAUGAUGAAAUUGUGAAAAACAUUAAAUAUCAGUUUAAAACGUUUCAAUAUAUGUAUGAAGCCGAGGAAAAAUAUAAAAUGGACGAGGCUGACAACUUUAUAAGGAUGUUUAAAGAAUGUAAUCGAAGCAUGAAUCUGGACAGCCUUUAUGAUUCUGUCAUGUGGGAAAAUAAAAUAUUUGGGCAGCCUAUUUUAGAGGUUUAUAAGACGUGUUCAGGAAAUGACCCAGUAGUUAUGAAGAAGCUGUGCACAUUUCUGCAGUGUCUUUUUGCCGAAGGACUUAUUGCCCUUGUGGCUUUCAAAUAUGUUACUAAUGAUAAUGUAGACAAAUGUGUCGAAGAAUGGAAAGAGAAAAUAGAAAAUGUGGAUAGGAAACUGGCAGAGGUGUUAAACGAAAGCCAGUUCAGACAGUAACUAAAUUGGCAACAACUUAUUAAUAAAUUCAUUUAUCAGUAGCUUCAGGUUUUUUUUUCAAACUUUUUAAGUUCAGUACCUUAAUUAUGUCCACUGUAAAUGUGACAAAUCUACAUAGUGUGCCUUAACCAGUCAUUAUACUUUAUUUCAACUACGUUGUGUCAUAUUCUGUUUCUUGCAGCUUAAUAAUUCUUAGUUUGUAACAUAAAGUUCUCUGGUAACAUGUAAAUAAUUGUAAUACAUAUUAUGGCAAAUGUUUUGGAUUAUAUGUGCCAGUUGUCCACUGUCUAAUACUAAAACUUGAAUCAAUAAACUUCAUCUUAAUACAUAUAUCUGCUGAUGACUUUUAAAAAAGAUCUAUGAUAAUCUAAAGAUUAAUAGUUAGACCUCUACUGUACCGUAUUUUGCUUGUCUGUUACAUUGAAUUUGUGAUUUUUGUUCAUCUAAUAGCAACUCAUCCAUAUUUCUUUACACCACAUCUUAUUAAUUUUAUUAGAAUGAAAAACAUUUAAUUAAGAUCUUUAGAGGGAAGAGAUAUUUUAAAAUAUGUUGAAAUAUUUGUAAUCAGUUCUGGCCAUGUUAAAGAUGUAAUCAAUAAAGAUUAUCCAAUAAAUCUAUCAAA